AUGAGUGAUAAAAUUCUCAAGAUUGUUGGUCGUUAUAUAUACGAUAGUCGUGGUAAUCCGACUGUCGAAGUCGAUCUUUGGACAAGCAAAGGCCUUUUUCGUGCUGAUGUUCCAUCUGGUGCUUCAACUGGUAUUCAUGAAGCUCUUGAAUUACGUGAUGGAGAUAAAAAUGUUCAUCAUGGAAAAGGUGUUGAAAAAGCUGUAGCUAAUGUCCAAACAUUGGGAAAAUUGAUUAUUGAGAAAGGUUUUGAUGCAACUCAACAAAAAGAAAUCGAUGAGUUUUUACUUCAACAAGAUGGAACAGAAAGCAAAAAAAAAUAUGGUGCCAAUGCUAUUCUUGGUAUUUCAAUUGCUGUCUGCAAAGCUGGAGCGGCACAUAGUAAUUUACCUUUAUAUCAAUACAUUGCAAAACUUUCCAAUGGAACUAUUCGUUUACCCGUACCUGCUUUCAAUGUUAUCAAUGGUGGUAGUCAUGCUGGUAAUAAAUUAGCCAUGCAAGAAUUUAUGCUUUUACCAAUUGGAGCUAAAACAUUUAAAGAAGCUAUGCGUAUGGGUUCAGAAGUUUACCAUCACUUAAAGAAUUUAGUUAAAGCUGAAUAUGGUCUUGAUGCAACUAAUGUUGGUGAUGAAGGUGGUUUUGCACCGAAUAUUGAAAGUGCUGAAAAAGCACUUGAUAUUCUUGUUAAAGCUAUUGAUAAAGCUGGUUAUACAGGUAAAAUUAAAAUUGGUAUGGAUGUAGCAGCAAGUGAAUUUUAUGAUGAAGAAGGAAAAAAAUAUGAUUUAAAUAAUAAAGAAAAAGGUCGACCACAUUAUUUAACAAGUGAAGAAAUGGUUGCAUAUUAUCUUAAACAAAUUCAACAAUAUCCAAUAAUAUCAAUUGAAGAUGCUUUUGAACAAGAUGAUUGGAAUGGUUUUCAAACGCUUCUUAAUGCUGUUAAAGGUCGUGGUGUACAACUUGUCGGUGAUGAUCUCACGGUAACAAAUGUAAAACGAAUUCAAUUAGCUAUUGAGAAGAAUGCAUGUGAUUGUCUUCUACUCAAAGUCAAUCAAAUUGGUUCGGUUACUGAAGCUAUUGCGGCAUGCACCAUGGCUCGUGGUGCCGGCUGGGAUGUAAUGGUUAGCCAUCGCAGUGGUGAAACUGAAGACACAUUCAUAGCUGAUCUUGUCGUAGGCUUAGGCACCGGACAGAUCAAAACUGGUGCACCAUGUCGUUCGGAACGUUUGGCUAAGUACAAUCAAUUAUUACGUAUUGAAGAAGAGCUUGGUAAUAAUGCCAUAUAUGCAGGCAAAGAUGCUUUCAAAAAAAACUAG